AUGGCUGAAUAAGAAGAAAAAUUAGUUCUAAAACCAGAAGUCAUCAAGAAAUAUCUUACUACUUUUGACUACACUCCAGACAGAGAGUCCAUGUAGUUCUUACAUUUGAUCCUCGCUAACAAACGUAUAGAAGCUCUUAACAACUCAAUUCUUGAAGCAAAGCAUGUAACAUUCCUUGAUCUACAAAAUAACAACAUUGUCGAUGUCAACAUAGUGUCCCAACUCACUGGACUGGUAAAACUCAACCUAGCUAAAAAUAAAAUAAAGAGCAUCAAUCUCUUCACUAAUGAAGAAAAUUUUACUAGUCUCAAAUGGUUAGACAUCUCAAAUAAUAAAUACACUGAAUUGGUUGGUAUCAAGUGUCCUAAGCUAGAGUAUCUUGACAUAAGUUAUAACCGCCUUGAGAAGGUUAGUGAAGGAUGGACUGGCCAUGGAAAUAUCAGGAUAUUGAAAAGUAUUGAUAAUAAAUUUAAGAACCUUCAAACAUUUAAGGAAAUGGGCAAGCUUGAGGAGCUAUACCUUGAAAGUAAUGUUAUUGCUUCAUUAACUGGCUAUGAGAACCUUCCCAGUUUAAGGAAACUUCACUUAAGAAAGAAUAAAAUUGAAAAGAUUGAGGACGAACUUCCUCCUCUUGACAGUCUUCAAUAUCUUAACUUGAGAAGCAACAAAGUACCAAAUCUUGAACAUUUAGCGAAGCUGUUUGUUUACCCUCAACUUAGAGAUAUUAAUGUGCUAAGCUGUCCAAUUGAAAGAAAUGCCUCAAGUCUAAAUCUCCUCAUUGCAGAGGUUUUAAUUCUCAAUCCCAAAAUCAAAAGAUUCUGUAAGACAGAGAUAACUGACUAGAAUAAAUUAGAGGCAGUAUAUCUAGCAAAAUUCAGAUGGACCAAAGAGCAAGAAGCAAAGAAAGCUGAAGAAGAGAAGAAAAGACUUGAAGGAGAACAAGCCGAAGAUAAUUGA